GAGUGGCUCAGUCAACUUCGGUAGUUCGACAUGAUCACGUCGCGUAUUCGGCUCAGCUAACUGUAAAGUUAUUUUUAAUGUCAAGACUUUGUGCGCCUUUGCAUACAAAAAAGUUUAGCGUUCCAAAAUUUAAUAAUUGAAAACACUAAAACAACAAAAAAUGUACAUAAGUAGCAUAGUAUAAAUUAUUUUAGCUGUCGUCCGUCAGAGUCUGUCAAACUAAACCCGUGAGCAUGUCGCAACAGUGGCUUUUAAACUGUGGCAACAAUCUGGUCUACCUGGCGGUGAUCUUGCUCUUUGCCACUAAUUUGGCGUGCGUCUCCAGCUCCAGUCAAAUCGAUGUGGAUGCGGAUUUGAAGCACAUGUUGAGUCGUUGCCAAAAGAGGGAUGAGGAUUUCAACGAGUGCAUGCGGCAGGUGUUUAACGAUUUAAGGGCCUACUUUACGACUGGUGUGCCUGACUACAACAUUAAGCCCUUUGACCCGCAUCGCUGUACCUUUGUUGAGCUGCGGCGCGGUGAUUCACAAGGCCUGGGCAGCUUCCGACUGAUCUUGCGCAAUGUCUCCGAGUUCGGAUGGGCUCGAUCCGAGGUGACCAAGUUCUAUGCCGACCCCGAGGAUCACCGCAUCGUAUACGCUCAGUAUUUCCCGGAGAAAAGUCUUGAGGGGGAGUACGAGUUCGCCGCCAAAAUGUUGGGCUCGGAGAUGAACCGAAAAGGUCACUGGAACCUCACCCUCUACGAUUACAGUCAGACCACUAGUGUGCGACGCAUCGGGGAUCCGGGUUCGCUGAUCAAGGUGCACGUAGAGGUGGACCGCAUCGGCGGAAUGGAGUUACACAUUGAGAACCUGCUGCAGGGACAACCUCUUAACCAACUGGCUGAUGGAGUUAUCAACAGCAUGUGGCAACUGGGACUGCCCUUUAUCAAGCCGAUGAUAAACGAGUUGGUCAGCUCAGCAUUUACAGACAUAUUCAACGAAUCAUUCCGACACUUUCCCCUCGAGAAGUUUCUCUCCACGUGACCCAUCCUGACAAGUUUAACAUUCAAAACAAGUGUGAAAAAUUAAGCUUUUUUAUUUUUGCUUAGAAUAGCUCCUAAUCAUCUCUACCAAUAAUAAAAAAUUUAGCUAA